CCCCACUUCUCCCUUUCUCUCUCCUCUCUGGAAAAUCCGUGCGUCGGCUGACAGGACAAGCACACUCUCCGAAACCCAACGUCCCUCUCUUCCUCUUGCUCUCUCUCUGUUAACUUACAAUGGCUUCGCAGGCAGGUGCGAGUGGUGGAGAUCUCUGGUCAGAAAUCAUAGCCAUGGAACAAGAACAAGAUCAGCAGCAGCAACCUCAAAUCGCUGUAAUUUACAGAAGAAGAAAACCCAACAAGGCCCAUAAAGAUUUAGUAGAACCAAUCAAAUCCAAUCCCAAUCCCUGCCAUGGGGCUCGGAUGAGUUUGGCUCCCAACAAGCGGGUCAGUUGGAAUCGUUCCCUCUCUACCAGAGGGAGGACGAGCAUUGCAAUUGCUACAUGUGUGGAUUAUCAGCCUCAACAAAGAAAGCCAAAAAGAAAAGCUAAACCACCUCUUCCCAAAGGAAAAGUUGUGCAUCUUCCAAACUACGAAAGAGAGCGAGCAUACUUUGAAGAGGUUGAUGCAUUUGAAUUGUUGGAGGAGAGCCCCUCACCUAAGCACUUUGGUACAUGGGCCAUGGGCAUCCAACGUGAUAGUGUUGCUAUACCACCUUUGUCUUCAGUGUUAGAAAAAUGGUUAAUCUCCAAGAAGUUAAAUUACAGUUGUGGACCUUCUCAUUCCCUGUCCAAGAUAUUAGAAACUUCAGCAAUAUCAGAGUCAAAAAGCAGUGAUGGUUUUGACUCUACAAAUGUAAAAACCCCAGAAAAAGCUUCUCAGCAAAGCCAUAGGGGUGUACAUUCUGUUCAGAACAUGUUUAAUUCCAGUUUCAUGAGCAAAAAUGUUUUUGAAAGGUGCAUGUUUUCAGAAAAGAGCACUGCUGAAUCCUUAAAUGCUGGUGAUGGCGGUCAUGAAGAUUUGGAAGUUGCAGUAAAGAAACUCUCUCUUGCAUCUCAAUCUUCUUCACUCUAUAGUGAUUACGAGGUGCCAUUUUCAGCACUGUUAGCAAUCUGUGGACAGUCAGCUCCUUCAACGCUAUCAGAUGCAUUCUCUGAUUAUUGUUACUCAGAGGGUAUAGUCAAGGUUGGUGAAGGUACAUAUGGAGAAGCUUUCAUGAUUGGUAAAACUGUCUGCAAAAUUGUUCCAAUUGAUGGUGAUUUACGAGUGAAUGGUGAAGUGCAAAAGAGAUCAGAGGAAUUGCUUGAGGAAGUCAUGCUGUCUCACACUCUUAAUUGUUUAAGAGGAGACGAGGAUCAGGUUUAUAAUGCCUGUACUUCCUUCAUAAAAACAAUAGAUUUAAGGGUCUGCCGUGGCAGUUAUGAUGCUGCCCUGAUAAGAGCAUGGGAAGAUUGGGAUGAAAACCAUGGUUCAGAAAACGAUCAUCCUAAGGAGUUCCCAGAGAAACAGUGCUUUGUUGUGUUUGUUCUUGAACAUGGCGGCCAAGAUCUUGAAAGCUUCGUGCUCUUGAAUUUCAAUGAAGCAAGAAGUUUGUUGGUUCAGGUUACUGCUGCCUUGGCUGUGGCAGAAGCUGCAUACGAAUUUGAACACCGGGAUCUGCACUGGGGGAACAUCCUUCUAAGUCGUAAAGAGUCUGAAACAUUACAAUUCACCCUUGAGGGAAGGCACUUGUCCAUAACCACAUUUGGACUGUUCAUAUCAAUAAUUGACUUCACCCUAUCCAGAAUUAAUACCGGAGAAGACAUACUUUUUCUCGACUUAUCUGCAGAUCCAGAACUAUUUGAGGGUCCAAAAGGGGAUAAACAAUCAGAUACAUAUCGCAAGAUGAAGGAGAUAACUGAAGACUACUGGGAAGGAAGCUUCCCAAAAACAAAUGUUCUAUGGCUUCAAUACUUGGUGGAUAUAUUGCUGUUGAAGAAAUCAUUUAGGCGAACUUCAAAAGACGAGAGAGAUUUACGCUCUUUGAAGAAGCGCUUUAGUAAUUAUGGCUCAGCAAAAGAAGCAAUUUUUGAUCCUUUUUUUAGUGAUUUAUUCGUCGAUCACACCCUGUGAACAAGUGAAGGAAAGGAAAAGAUGGCUACCAUUUGAAAGAUCUUUUUUGCUUUGUACAUGAAGCUUUAGAAAUGAACUCAUCUUUAUUCAUUAUUGACCUAAUUAGAGACUGAGGAACCUUUCUGUGGAUUUUAUGGAACCGAAUUAGUGAAUUCCAUUUUGACUAGAGAUGGGUUUAGCUCCAUGGGGAAAUGGUUGAAAUUAUCUUGUAUAGAGAGAUAGCUUUUGCAUACUGAGGAUAUGAAGCGUCUUGAAGUCUUUUUUGUAGAUUACCAUUAUUGUGUUGUUCAAUAGGAUGAGUUCAGUGCAGGCAUGAGUUUUUAGUUUUCCAGUUAUUUGGAGAAUAUUUGUGAAUCAGAUGCCCAAAAAUGUUGAUGUGGU